AUGUCGACGGACGCGUUGCUCUCCAUUGCUUCCUCUUCCUCCUCGAAGUUCGCUACAGCUAACCCGUCCUUUUUUCCCGAGAUGAACGCAGAAGGGACUCCCAUCCUCGACGAGGCAAUCUCCUACCUCUCCAAUUUCCCAAACGACCUCCCUAACUUCCCUCGUUGCAAUGUAAGGUCAGCGAGGGAGGAGGACGGAUCGCUCGCCUGGACGGAAACUGCGUUUGAAGACGUAGACCUCGACGUAGAAAGCGGAGAGUUCUUGAUAGAGGUUUAUUUAUGUCCGGGGGAUUGCUCGGCCUUGGUUGGUGGGGGCUACUGGACUCUGUCAAAAGACGGCGAAACGUUAGCCACCAUCGAACUCUCGCCACGCACCUGCAGCAAUGUAUGCCUACACUCGGACUGUUUGCACAUUACGCCAGGGUUGCUGGUGGAGUUGUUCAAGGAUUCGCUUCACUUCGAAACCGACAUCCUCGUUGGUUGCUCUGUUGUCCGACGGGAACGUUACAGCGACUCGGAAUUUGCGGUGCUCCAAGCUCUUCCACGCGAUUGCAACUCGAGGAUGCCAAUGAGGAUUUUCUUCUCUGAGAAUCCUGUCCCGUUCCUUGAGGACAGCGAUGACGAGGAAGGAGAUAGUGAAGGCGAUGAUGAUGAGGGGUUGUACGAAGAGGAUGACAUUGGCGAACAUGGAAUACAACUCGAGGGUGAGGUGGUCCAGUGA